AGCUUCAUGGAAACAAACACACUUUAGGCCUACUGCAAGUUCAUUUCUUUGUCACUUUCUACCAGACAAUUUUAACUUGCUCAUCUGUGAUCUGGAUAAAUUGAGUGAUUUUUUUUAUAGUAGUAAUAUCCUUGGGGACCACGGCCCUGCAAGUCUGGUCAAGUUUUGUAAAUAGUGCGAAAUCUAGGCUACUUCCUGGGAAUGUUUUUUUGUAGGAGGUGUGUCUACUUGUGAAAUAUUUGUUUGUUGUGUAACCCAUACCUAAGUGACAUUCUAGACCUACGCCCAGUGUGUCCCAUACCUAAGUGACAUUAUAGACCUAUGCCCAGCGCUUCUAAAAGGGAAAGAAUGUUAAACCAAAGCAGGAUCCUUAUAAAAGGAGGGAAAAUUGUGAACGAGGAUUGCUCCAUUAUCAGCGAUGUCUACAUUGAAGACGGAAGAAUUAAAGAAGUCGGAUUAAACCUCCAAAUCCCUGCUGGAGUUACCGUUAUAGAUGCCACAGAUAAACUGGUGAUACCGGGUGGUAUCGAUACCCAUACCCACAUGGAGUUGGCAUUUAUGGGCACCAAAGCAGUAGAUGAUUUCCAUAUUGGAACUAAGGCUGCCCUGGCAGGAGGGACCACCAUGAUCCUAGACUUUGUGAUCCCCCAGAGAGGCACGUCUCUGCUGGAGGCCUAUGAUAGGUGGAGGGUCACUGCUGACGCCAAGGUCUGCUGCGACUACUCCCUCCAUGUGGCAGUCACAUGGUGGAGCGACAAGGUCAAAAAGGAAAUGGAGACUUUGGCCAAGGAGAAAGGUGUCAACUCCUUCAAGAUGUUCAUGGCAUACAAGGAUGUGUUCAUGCUUCAAGACCAUGAGCUGUAUGCUGCGUUUUCCCAAUGCAAAGAGAUUGGAGCCAUAGCCCAGGUGCACGCAGAGAAUGGAGACCUUAUUGCAGAGGGGGCUAAGAAGAUGCUGUCCCUGGGCAUUACAGGUCCGGAGGGUCAUGAGUUGUGUCGUCCUGAGGAGGUGGAGGCUGAAGCCACCCAGAGAGCCAUCACCAUCGCCCACGCUGUCAACUGCCCGCUCUAUGUUGUCCACGUCAUGAGCAAGUCUGCCGCUAAGGUGGUGUCCAACGCACGCAGAAAUGGCCGUGUGGUGUUUGGAGAGCCCAUAGCAGCAGGACUAGGUACAGAUGGCACCCACUGCUGGCACAAAGACUGGGCCCACGCUGCCAAGUUCGUCAUGGGCCCACCUCUGAGGCCCGACCCCAGCACCCCGGGAUACCUUAUGGACCUACUGGCAAAUGAUGACCUCAGCGUGACUGGGACAGACAACUGCACAUUCUCUGUGUGUCAGAAAGCCCUGGGCAAAGACGACUUUACAAAGAUCCCCAAUGGAGUCAACGGAGUGGAGGACAGGAUGUCUGUCAUUUGGGAGAAGGGCGUUCAUAGCGGAAAAAUGGACGAGAAUCGAUUUGUAGCUGUCACCAGCAGCAAUGCAGCGAAAAUCUUCAACUUCUACCCCCAGAAGGGAAAGAUCGCUAAGGGAUGUGAUGCUGAUGUGGUCAUAUGGGACCCUGAGGCAACCAGGAAGAUCUCUGCAGCUACGCACCACCAGGCUGUGGAUUACAACAUCUUUGAGGGCAUGGAAUGCCACGGUGUUCCCGUGGUGACCAUCUCCAGAGGGAAGGUGGUCUAUGAGAGAGGUCAGCUGAAGACCCAGCCAGGACAGGGCCGCUUUGUCCCCAGACAGCCCUACGCAGAGUUCAUCUACAAACGAGUCAACCAGAGGGAACAGGUGGGACAGCCUAGUCCUGUAAUCAGGAAGCCCUAUGAUGGUGAAAUCAUCGCCAUAUAAAGGAAUGGAUCUCAUCAUGCAAGAGACUGUUUAGCUCAGGAUCUACAUGCAAAACGUUCGGUGAAUUGUGUUAUGCUGGACCAUGAUAAAAUGCAUGUUUGUUUGAAUGCAGAUGCCAGUCAAUGUUUUGAUGCUGAUGAUAUUAUGUUGCCAAACUAUUUUGUCUACCCUUACUUCCGUGUUAAAGUAUGAAGCGCACAGUGUUUCACAUUGAAAGCUCAUAUCCACUUGAGCUGACAUCCACAGCGUUUACCAUGAACAUGAGCUUCACAAACUCUGGGGAAAAUUGUGUGUAGUUCAGCGCGCAGUGCUGCAAUGUGCUUGGCCUUUGUAAAAAAGGCCCAGUGCUGUUGUCACACAGCAUCACAUUACACAUUGGGAUUGUCUCCUACUGGGCAUUCUGGCAUGCUGGCGUGGUACUGAGCCACUGGGGCUCUGCAGACAUAAUGUGAGUUUAUCAGAGGGAACGCUAGGGGUCAGUGGCAGCAGUGUGUGAGUCACAGUCGGCCCACUCAUCUCUGUGCCUUCUCCUUCACUCUGUCUCCUCUUUCACUGUGCCUUCUCCUUCACUGUGCCUUCUCUUUCACUGUGCCUUCUCCUUCCCUCUGCCUUCUCUUUCACUGUGCCUUCUCCUUCACUCUGCCUUCUCCUUCACUCUGCCUUCUCUUUCACUGUGCCUUCUCCUUCACUCUGCCUUCUCUUUCACUGUGCCUUCUCUGUCACUCUGCCUUCUCCUUCACUCUGCCUUCUCUUUCACUGUGCCUUCUCCUUCACUCUGCCUUCUCUUUCACUGUGCCUUCUCUGUCACUCUGCCUUCUCCUUCACUCUGCCUUCUCUUUCACUGUGCCUUCUCCUUCACUCUGCCUUCUCUUUCACUGUGCCUUCUCCUUCACUCUGCCUUCUCUUUCACUGUGCCUUCUCCUUCACUCUGCCUUCUCCUUCACUCUGCCUUCUCUUUCACUGUGCCUUCUCCUUCACUCUGCCUUCUCCUUCACUCUGCCUUCUCUUUCACUGUGCCUUCCCCUUCACUCUGCCUUCUCCUCCUUCACUCUGCCUUCUCCUUCACUCUGCCUUUUCUUUCACUGUGCCUUCUCUCAGUAACAGACCUGGGUUAAAAUAGUAUACAUUUUCUUUCAAACACUUACACUGCACUUUACUGAGUUGACCUGCCUGGCACAAUUGAGCAAUGACAUGUACAAUUGUGCUAUUAGGCAACAUUUUUCACAUGAUCCUUUAUCUUCAUAUACAGUGGGGUCUGACAUUAUUGAAGCCCUUGAUAAAGAUGAGCAAAAAUAAUUAAAUCAUUCAUAUACUGUGCUCCCCAAUUUAAAAAAAAAUUCUAUUAUUUUAUACUAAUACACUUGCUGAAGAGAAAAGGUAAGGGUAAAAAUGAUUGACACCCCGGUUUUCAAUACCUUUCAAUAUCUCACCUUGCCAGGAUAACGGCACUGAGCUUUUUUCUAAAAUAUUUAAUGAGUUGGAGAACACAUUGGGAGCGAUCUUAGACACUUCCUGCAUACAGAAUCCUUUCAGAUCCUUGAUAUCCUUAGUCUGCGUGUCACGUUCUGACCUUAGUUCUUAUAUUAUGUCUUUGUUUUAGAAUGGUCAGGGCGUGAGUUGGGUGGGUUGUCUAUGUUCUUUUUUCUAUUGAUUUAGGAUUGCUGUGUUCGGCCUGGUAUGGUUCUCAAUCAGAGGCAGCUGUCAAUCAUUGUCCCAGAUUGAGAGUCAUACUUAGGGAGCUUGGUUACACUUUUUCCGUGUUAGUGUUGGUGCCACACGGGACUGUUUCGGUUUGAUAACUUCACGUUUAUUGUUUUGUUCAGUGUUCGUUACUUUAUUAAAAAACAUGAACACUUACCACGCUGCGCUUUGGUCCUCACCUUCUUCCACCGACGACGACCGUUACACUGCGCUUAUGAACUGCCCUCUUCAAUUCAAACCACGUUUUCAGAUGGGGUUCAUGUCUGAGAUUGCCAUUGCAAAAUGUCGAUUUUUGUAGACAAUUAACUAUUUCUUUGUGGAUUUUGAUGAGUGCUUUGGGUUAUUGUCUUGCUAAACGAUCCACUUGAGGUCAAGUUUCAGCCUCCUGUCAGAGGCAACAAGGUUUUAGGCUAAAAUGUCCUUGUACUGGGUAAGGAUCAUGAUGGCAUUGACCUUAACAAGGGCCCCUGGACCAGUUGAGGCAAAAUAGCCCCAUAACAUCAAAGAUCUAUCACCAUAUUUUACAGUGGGUAUGGGGUGCUUUUCUGCUUAUGCAUUCUCAUUUAUUAGCUCUAUUUUCAUGUCAUCCAACAAAUGUAAAUGCCUGGAGUUUGCUAAAAUGGCAUUGGCAAUUGGAUUGGAACCAGUGCUUUGGUCAGAUGACAAAAAAAAUAGAGCUCUUUGGCCGGGCACGCCAGUUGUGGGUUUCGCGUCGAAAGAAGAAUUUGCCACAAAAAUCAACAUUUUGCAAUUGCCAACUCAGUUUCCGGACUUGAAACCCAUUGAAAACAUGUGGUUUGAAAUUAUUAGUGCAGUCCAUAGGAGCAGACUUAGGAUAUCAAGUAUCUGGAAGUAUUCUGUAUUGAGAAAUGGUUUAAGAUCCCUCUCGAUGUGUUCUCCAACUCAUAAAACAAUUUGGAAAAAGGCUCAGUGCCAUUAUUAUUGUAACGCUCGUCGGAAGAAGUGGACCAAGGUGCAGCGUGGUACGUGUUCAUGAUUCUUUAAUUCAUCCGAACACCAACAAAAACAACAACGACCGUCACGUUCUGAAGGCUACACAGAGCUAACAAAAACCAACAUCACACAACCUAAGGUGGCAAAACAGGCUGCCUAAGUAUGAUUCCCAAUCAGAGACAACGAUAGACAGCUGUCCCUGAUUGAUAACCAUACCCGGCCAAAACAUAGAAACACAAAAACGAGAAAUAAGGAACAUAGAAUGCCCACCCAAAUCACACCCUGACCAAACCAAAUAGAGACAUAAAAAGGCUCUCUAAGGUCAGGGCGUGACAAUUCUUGCAAGGUGAGAUAUUGAAAGGUAUUGUUAACAGGGGUGUCAAUAUUUUUUACCCCUAACUCUUUGAGAAAAAAAUUAUAUUACUUGUUAAACACAAUUGUUCUCUCAGCAAUUGUAUUAGUAUAAAUAAUAUAAUUUCCCAAUUUUUUGGAGUAUAGAAUGUAGCUCAGUAUUUUAAUUAUUUAUUUUAUGCAGUCAUAAUUUUGAACCCCACUGUAAAUACCUUGAGACAAAAUAAUCUGGUAAAUGUCAUAUUUCAACGUUACGGAAGCUUAGAGGGGUACGUCUCCUGACUGACUGUCAGCAUUCUGUGAAGGGGGAUGUGUCACUGUCAGGACCCACUACAAUCACCGUGGUAGAUGCGCAUUGUGGCGUCUGGAUAUAAUGCUAAUGGGGUGUGACUAAACACCAAGUGCAUGAUGGGAACUGAAUAGUGGCGUGCACAUUUAGGGAAGGUCUGGUUUGCGUGAUGAUGUCAGCAAAACUGUCCCUGUCGUUUUUGAUCGACAUUAAACAACUGAAACAGA